AUGUUUAGAUUUGUUACCGUAUAUGCCACACUCGGUGACGAAGCUGUGGAAUAUGCUCUGAAGGAAGUUGAUUCGAAAAUUGUUUUCACCUCCGAAAACCUUCUUCCGAAGGUUCUGAAAGCAGUCAAAAACGGCAUUGAUGUAAGCAAUAUUAUCUAUUUUGCGAGUCCCGAUCCGGAGAGCGAACAUAAGCACAACGCCGAGAAUGUGCAAAUUAUCUCCUUCGAUGAUCUGCUGAAUAAGGGCAGCCCUGAACCAUUCACGCCAAGAAGCUCUCCGGGGGACGUAGCCGUGAUCAUGUACACUUCUGGAACAACCGGAAACCCGAAAGGGGUCAUGAUAUCUCAUGAAAAUAUAGUUGCAGCUGUUGCAGGACAGGUCCCUGUUAUUCCAAUUGUCCCUGGCGACACGUACAUUGGAUAUCUUCCCCUCGCCCACAUACUGGAAGUUUGUGCCGAGACAAUCGCCUUCACUAAGGGUGUUCGCAUCGGAUACUCUUCUGCUCAAACGCUCUUUGAUCGUGCACCGAAAAUCAAGAAGGGAACUCGAGGAGACUGCUACGCACUGAAACCGACGCUCAUGGCCUGUGUACCGGCUAUAAUGGACCGAAUUUACAAAGCCGUCAUAGAGGAAGUGAAUUCGAAUAGUCUCCUCUUCCGAGAAAUGUUUCGAGCUUGUUACGAAAGAAAGCGUGCACGUUAUGAAGAAGGCUAUACGAGUUUCAUUCUCAACAAGUUGGUAUUCAAUCGAAUCGGCAAGUUACUUGGCGGGCAUAUUCGAUGUGUUCUAUCAGGCGGAGCUCCACUUAGCUCGGAAACGCAAAGGUUCAUGAACAUUUGUUUCUGUUGCCCGGUGGUCCAAGGGUACGGUUUGACGGAAACUUGUGGAGCAGGAACACUGGCUGACACAUAUGAUUUGUCUACUGGAACGGUUGGCCCACCUCUGACUUCUUGUGAAUUUCUUCUCGAAGGUUGGGAAGAGGCUGGUUACUCGCCGUAUAAUGAAAGGCCACAAGGAGAAGUUCUUAUCGGAGGAAGAAGCGUCGCCAUUGGUUACUACAACAAUCCAGAGAAGACAAAGGAAGACUUUGUAGAAAGAAAUGGCAAACGAUACUUCGCCACAGGUGAUAUAGGAGAAUUUCGAGAAGACGGAUCUCUCAGAAUUAUAGAUCGGAAAAAAGACUUACUUAAGCUGGCUCAUGGUGAAUAUAUAUCGCUUGGUAAAGUCGAGACCACUAUACAGACUGGUCAUGGAAUCGAUACAGUUUGCGUGUAUGGUGACUCAUCGAAAGAUUACUUGAUCGCUCUCGUUGUACCAAACCACAAAUACCUCAAGAAGAAGGCGGAAGAUAUCGGCAUCACUACUAAUGAUGACGUUGAAGGAUUGUGUAGGAACAAGGAAGUGGUUGGUGCGGUACUGAGAGAUAUACAAUCACACGUUAAUGGAUUCUAUCUUGCCUACAGGUUCGUGAUAGGUAAAAUUACAGGGAAAUUGCAACGAGUGGAGAUUCCGAAGAAGAUUUUACUUUGCUAUGAACCCUGGACUCCAGCGUCUGGGUUAGUAACCGAAGCUUUGAAACUGAAACGAAAAGUCAUUGAGAAAGCCUUUCGAAAUGAGAUAGACCAGUUAUACAAAUAA